CCAGCCCAAGGCAUUAUAAAUAAAGCAAACCCCUCACAAUCCAAACAUGUAAGCAAGCAAUUAAGCAAGCAAACAACCAUUUCUUCUUAAGAGGAAAGAAUGGCUGAGAAGAUGGUGUGGGUUCAUGGGUUGGUGGUCCUGGCUCUGAUCAUUGCCAGCCCGGUGGUGGAUGCGGUGUCGUGUGGUGACGCUGUCUCAGCUUUGAUCCCUUGUGGAUCGUUCUUGUUGGGCGUGGGUGCACCUAAGCCUAGCAGUGAGUGCUGUGCCAGUGCUCAAAGCUUGAACAAGUUAACAACUACUACUGCAGAUAGGAGGGCUGUGUGUCAAUGUUUUGUGAAGAGUGGCCCAUCUUUUGGGGUUAAGCCUGCCAGAACCAAGCUCCUUCCUUCACUUUGCAAGCUCAAUAUCAACAUUCCUGUCACCCCCAAUGUUGACUGCAACAAGGUUCAGUGAAACGUGGAAAUUCUACUAGAGUGACUAUGAUAUGAAGAAAAUUAAAUAAAAGUUGGUGGAGUGGCAGUGUGGAGGAUUUUGUGCAAAAAUUAAACUAUUGUAGUUUGUUUGUUUGUUUCCUGUUGGAUCAUAGAUAUGUGGGAGAAGGACAAAGAUUGUAGUAUGGUAGCUAAAGAACUCCUUUUUCUUUCUCUUC